UGCAUAUGCAGAGUGCUAGAUGCUUCUUCACUGAUCUGCAUGCUGGACCCAGGCUUGCAGCUUGCUACAUUGGCACCCUGCCUGACCGGGAAGGAUGUAUGUUGCAAACCUCGUGACAAUUUUUCAACUGUCAGGUCCACAUCCACAGUAUGGGUGACUGGAGGCUAUACUUAAAGGACUCGCUCUGGAGAAACGGCUUAAAGACUACUCUGGCUCAGACUGGGAACUAGCGGUUCUAAAGUUGGCUUCGUUUCCAUGGUGUCGGCCGCGGAGCCGUGGGGGCGGGCUCACGCAAGCGCCGAGGAGGCGAGUGGAACCGCUGAGUCUGGUUGCGCAUGCGCCUUGAGAGACAGUGAAGCCGGUGGCCAGUGCCCGGGCCGGACGAACAAAGAUGGCGGCGGUCCUUGCGGCGGGAUCGACCUGGGCAGCAGCUGCGGUUAAAGCUGCAGCCUGGCCCGCAGGGGGGCUCCACAGGGGUAGGAGGGGGUGGCCUUGAGCUGGAGCCUGGCCCCGGCUGGCCUCCCCCGCUGCCUCAACGGGGGACAGGUGCAGCCUGCCGUGUCCACAAUGCCCCAGGCUUCCGAGCACCGCCUGGGCCGGACCCGAGAGCCACCUGUUAAUGUCCAGCCCCGAGUGGGAUCCAAGCUACCAUUCGCCCCCCGAGCCCGAAGCAAGGAGCGCCGCAACCCAGCUCCUGGGCCAAACCCCAUGUUACGACCUCUGCCUCCCCGGCCAGGUCUCCCUGAUGAACGACUCAAGAAACUGGAGCUUGGACGGGGACGGACCUCAGGCCCUCGAUCCAGAGGCCCCCUUCGGGCAGAUCAUGGGGUUCCUCUACCUGGCUCACCACCCCCAACUGUGGCUCUGCCCCUCCCAUCCCGGACCAACUUAGCCCGUUCUAAGUCUGUGAGCAGUGGGGACUUGCGUCCAAUGGGGAUUGCCUUGGGAGGGCACCGAGGAGCUGGAGAUUUGGGGACUGCACUGAGCCGCUUGGCCCUCCGGCCUGAGCCACCUACUUUGAGACGCAGCACUUCUCUCCGCCGACUUGGGGGGUUUCCUGGACCCCCCACUCUGCUCAGCAUACGGACAGAGCCCCCUGCUUCCCAUGGCUCCUUCCACAUGAUAUCUGCCCGGCCCUCCGAGCCUUUCUACUCUGAUGACAAGAUGGCUCAUCACACACUGCUUCUGGGCUCUGGUCAUGUUGGCCUCCGAAAUCUGGGAAAUACAUGCUUCCUGAAUGCUGUGCUACAGUGUUUGAGCAGCACUCGGCCUCUUCGGGACUUCUGUCUUCGAAGGGACUUCCGGCAAGAGGUGCCUGGAGGGGGCCGAGCCCAAGAGCUCACUGAAGCCUUUGCAGAUGUGAUUGGUGCCCUAUGGCACCCCGACUCCUGUGAAGCUGUGAAUCCUACUCGAUUCCGAGCUGUCUUCCAGAAAUAUGUUCCCUCCUUCUCUGGAUACAGCCAGCAGGAUGCCCAAGAGUUCCUGAAGCUCCUCAUGGAGCGGCUACACCUUGAAAUUAACCGACGAGGCCGCAGGGCUCCGCCCAUCCUAGCCAAUGCUCCAGUUCCCUCUCCACCCCGCCGAGGAGGGGCUCUGCUAGAAGAACCUGAUUUAAGUGAUGAUGACCGGGCCAACGUAAUGUGGAAACGUUACCUGGAGCGAGAGGACAGCAAGAUUGUGGAUCUGUUUGUGGGCCAGUUGAAAAGCUGUCUCAAGUGCCAGGCCUGUGGGUAUCGCUCCACGACCUUCGAGGUUUUUUGUGACCUGUCCCUGCCCAUCCCCAAGGUGGGAUUCCAGAGGAUUCCAGGGGUGGCUGGAACACAGAAAGGAUUUGCUGGGGGCAAGGUAUCUCUGCGGGAUUGUUUCAGCCUUUUCACCAAGGAAGAAGAGCUAGAAUCAGAGAAUGCUCCAGUGUGUGAUCGAUGUCGGCAGAAAACCCGAAGUACCAAAAAGUUGACAGUACAAAGAUUCCCUCGAAUCCUCGUGCUUCAUCUGAAUCGAUUUUCCACCUCUCGAGGCUCCAUCAAGAAAAGUUCAGUAGGUGUAGACUUCCCAUUGCAGCGACUGAGCCUAGGGGACUUUGCCAGUGACAAAGCCGCCCUAAAACACUCACCUUCUGUGAAACCCCAGGAGGCAGAGUGCUUGGUGAAAGUGUCUCCCCUGUCAGUGAAAACCAGGUGGCAUCCAGUGAGGGCUACGUGCUGUUCUACCAACUAAUGCAGGAGUCAUCCCGGUGCCUGUGACACCCCCUUUAAGCCCUGGCACCUGUGAAACCCUUCCAACACCCUUAAGCCCCCAGGCUCCCCAUUUACCUCAGAGACGUCUAUUUUUGUGUCUUUUUAAUCGGGGAGGGGGGAGGGGUGGUUGUAGCUCCCAUUAUUUUUUUUAUUAAAAAUUACACUUCUACCUGGAGGCUCCCUUGUCUCCCAGCCCCGUGUACAGAGCUCACCAGGCCCUUGACCAUGUACAGCCCCCAGAACCCCUGCAAUCUCACUUUUUGUGAAUAAAUUUAGUAAGAAAAAGUGA